GUCCUCUCCAGGCUGAGCAGGCUCGGCUCCCGCAGUCUCUCGUAAGAGGGAUGCUCCAGAGAUGACCAAAGGCUAAAUCUUGAAAACAUGAUUCCUGCAACUGUUCACACUGUCCUGAGUGCUCUGUAUUUAUGCUGCCACAGAAAGAACUGGUUACACUUGGAGGAGAAAAACCACAGGAAACGCCGAGGACUGAAAUGUGCUUGCAGCUGAAGUACCCUCAUCAUGAAUAGGUACAAAACUAUCAGACAGCUUGGUGAUGGGACCUACGGCUCUGUUCUCCUAGGGAGAAGCAUUGAAUCUGGAGAGCUAAUAGCCAUUAAAAAAAUGAAGAGGAAGUUUUAUUCCUGGGAGGAGUGCAUGAACCUUCGAGAGGUUAAGUCUUUGAAGAAAUUAAACCAUGCCAAUGUGGUAAAGCUGAAAGAAGUUAUCAGGGAAAAUGAUCAUCUGUAUUUUGUGUUUGAAUACAUGAAGGAAAAUCUUUAUCAGUUAAUGAAAGAAAGAAACAAACUGUUCCCUGAGUCUACAGUUAGGAAUAUUAUGUAUCAGAUCCUGCAAGGGCUUGCAUUUAUUCAUAAGCAUGGGUUCUUUCACAGGGACUUGAAACCUGAAAACCUGCUUUGCAUGGGACCAGAACUUGUGAAAAUUGCAGAUUUUGGCUUAGCCCGAGAAAUCCGAUCUCGACCUCCUUACACUGAUUAUGUAUCCACAAGAUGGUACAGGGCUCCUGAAGUACUUCUGAGAUCCACCUGCUAUAGCUCUCCAAUAGAUAUUUGGGCUGUUGGGUGCAUAAUGGCAGAAGUUUACACGCUGAGGCCUCUCUUCCCAGGCGCCAGUGAAAUUGAUACUAUAUUCAAAAUUUGCCAAGUCUUAGGGACGCCAAAAAAGAAUGACUGGCCUGAAGGCUACCAACUUUCAGCUUCCAUGAAUUUUCGCUGGCCUCAGUGUGUACCUAACAACCUAAAAACUCUCAUCCCUAAUGCUAGCAGUGAAGCAGUGCAGCUCAUGAGAGACAUGCUGCAGUGGGACCCCAAAAAGAGGCCAACAGCUAGUCAGGCACUUCGAUACUCAUACUUCCAGGUUGGGCAUGCCUUGGGCAUUCAGGAACUGGGAAAACAAAAGGACCUGCAUAAUAAAUUGUCUCUGCAUAUUAAGCCUGUCCCUCCAGCACAGCCCCCUCUGAAACCUCAUGCCCGAAUUUCAUCAAGGCCUUUUCAGCAAAGCCAGUCUUCUCAGCACGUGGUGUACGCGUGUAAGACAGACAACUCUGGGGCUGAGCACAGUAACUGUGCACAGGAGGACAAGUCUAACCAGGUUCUUCUGCCUGCAAUACACAGUAAGGCUCCUCAGCAGAAAACACCUGCUGGAUCUGAGAAUAUAAAUGGUGAACUUAAACCAAAACCUAGGCGAAGAUGGGGGCAUCUUCCCAGGACAGUUAAGAGUUCUGAAGACUGGGAUGAUUUGGAAGACCUUGAUUUCAGCUCUUCCAUCAUGAGAAUGGACUUGAAAAACAAGAAGAGGCAGAAUGAUGAAACUCUUUGUAGAUUUGAAAGCAUUUUGGACCUGAAGCCUUUGGAUGCUGCAGGCUCUGGCAGCAGCGCACGAACUUCCCAUGCGACCUUUUUGCGGCAGGACACUCCUACAUUGCGAGUUUCUGCAGCAAAGCAGCACUACUUAAACCAUUCUAGGUAUCGACCUGGAAUAAGCACCAGGAAUAGCAUAGUCUCCACUUCAAACAAAGAGUCUGUUCCAUCUAAUCACUGGCCCAGUUCUGAUUUGUCUGGGAAAACCUCUGGUUUGGGAGGAAGUGCUACCAGCAGGAUGAAUUCAGGGCCCAUAGGAUCAAGUGGUCUAACAAAUGCUUAUGUCCCUUCAUUCCUGAAGAAGGAAGUAGGUUCUGCUGGGCAGAGGGUUCAGUUAGCACCAGUUGUGGACCCAUCUCCUGAUUUUGCAGCUCUGACAUCGGUCAGGCCCCUUCUCGGGUGGCCGUCGUUCAGCUCACCCACCAAGAGCUCUCCGCGGUUGAUGCCCCUGCCGCCGGCAGCGGAGCCCAUCCACGGCCGCGUUGACUGGUCUGCCAAGUACGGCGCUCCCCGGUGA